CGGGGCGCCCCUCCGCCGCCGCCGCAGCCGCCAGCCCGAAACCCUAGCCCACUCCCUCCCUUGCCCGCUCGGAUCCGCCAUGGCCGAGAGGAAGCUGGAUCGAUUCGCCGCCCUCGGGAAAGAUGCCCUCUCGCUCGGGAUCGACGAGGAUAGGUCCACCGCCGCCGCCAUGGGUUUCGUCGACGAUCCCAAAGAUCAGCAGCACCUGGAGAACAGCAUUCCUCUGUCCCCUCAGUGGCUUUAUGCCAAACCAAGCGAUGCCAAGAUUUCAGCGCCUCAUGGGUCCUUGCUUGAACCUUCUGAGAAAGAUGUGAGGAUGCUCGAAGGCUCUGGGGCUAAGAAAGAGCGCCGUCGGAAUGCAUUUGAUGCUGGUUGGCUUGAUGAGGAGAGGGAGACGAGCUUACUUGGGAGGAGGGAUCACAAGAAGGAAGUGGACCGGGAGGUGGAGAACCGUAAAAAUGAUCGCCGAUCUGACAAUGUUUCUGCAAGGGACAACAACGAUUCACGGCCAGCUCCUACAUCUGGAAGGUGGGAUGAUGGCUCCACCAGAAAUUCAGGGAAUGAAGGUAGGCGUGAUGGAAAAUGGUCAUUAAGAUGGGGACCCGACGACAAGGAGAAGGACUCCAAACCAGAAAAGAAGAUGGAUGCAGAAAAGGAUGAACCUCAUGGUGAGAAACAUACACUUCCUGUAAGGCUGCUGCCUGAGUCAGACUCCCGUGAUAAAUGGAGACCUCGUCACCGGCAGGAGCCUCAGACUGGUGGUACAGCAACAUACCGUGUUGCUCCAGGAUUCGGAUUGGAGAAAGGACGUGUGAAGGAAUCCAAUGUUGGUUUUGCCCCUGGAAGAGGCCGGGCAAACCCCAACUCAGUUCCAUCCUUCAGCCGUCCAUCAUCUGCUGGACCAAUUGGUGCUCCACCUGUGUAUGGGAGGCGUGCGGCAAGUGCUGGUGCUUUUCGCUACCCAAGGGGUAAACUUCUUGACAUAUACAGGCAACAAAAGGUCGUGCAGUCAUUCGAAGAUGGCCGACGAAUGCUGGAAGAAGUUCCUCCCAUAACACUCUCUAGUUCUGUUAAGCCACUAGCCUUUGUCACCCCUGACAACAAUGAAGAGGCUGUUUUGGAAGAUAUUAGGAAGGGCAGGGUCACCAGCAGUGAAGCGACGAAUUCAACUGCAUCCCAAAAGGAGAGAAACAAAGAUCUUGAAGCUUUUGGUAUUGAUGCCAACAAGGAUAAAAGCGCUGAAGCAUUUAGCGGGUUAAGUCAAGAAGGAUCUGCUGCUUUAAUAUCAGAGAAGGAUGCAUUUUACAAUGACGGGAUGCUCACAGGUGGUAUUACAGGCCCACCAAAGAAGCCUGCCGACGAAAAUGCUCCCAGUCAUCCGCAUGGACUUUCUGGCAUGAGGGAUGACACACAGUUUAAUGAGGUCAAGUCAAGUGCUGAUAUCGAUCCUAGCACCAAGUUACCUGAUGAUUCAAAUGCACAGUUCAAUGUAAAUGUUGAAUAUCCUACUGGUCAGGCUAGUUACACUGAAACAAAAGCUGGUGGCCAGGAGAGUUACCCAGAGGAGUUGACCCUAUACUAUCUGGAUCCCCAAGGAGGUGUGCAGGGUCCAUUUAUGGGUACUGAUAUAGUUUCCUGGUAUGAGGAUGGAUAUUUUGGAUUGGAGCUACCUGUGCGUCUAGCUCAGGCUCCAGAUGAUGCUCCUUUUCGCCCACUUUCUGACCUCAUGCCGUACCUUGGACAUAAGCCUCAAUCUCUCCCACCUGUAUCCCGUGGUGGAAGUGCUGAAUCUCCGGAUUCUGUACAUAACAAUUUUGAAGACGCACUUCCUACUUCUGGUUCUUUUGGGAAGAGUGAUCAGACAACUAAGGCGGACUCUGGAAAUUAUGCAGCCAAUCCUACAAGAGGUGACCAGGAAGCACCGUUACAGUCACAUACUAGUUGGUUCCCCUCAGUUGAAGCACAAAAGACUGAAGCAAACCCAGAUAUUCGUCAGCAGCGCAUUCCUGAAACUGUGAGUCAUGAUGCUGAAGAAGUGUUGUACACUGGGAGGCCUACCAGCGGCAUGGGUCAAUCUCGACCAGAUUUUGAUAAUGACCGUGCAGAUUUCCAGUUGGCAUCGGUGGAUUCCCGUUCUGGGGUGAGAGAAGCUAAUUUGCCCAAGCAGGACGCCCCUAGAGAGAAUGAACUCAGCCCUCUUGGUUUGCUUUGGUCUGAGCUGGAAGGGAUGCAUCCAAAGCAGCCACUCUCAUCAAAUGUGCUUGGUGUAAAUGAGCGGAGAAAUCCCAAACAGACAGCUCCAAAGGACAUUCCACCUGCAAAUAUCAGGCAUGGGCCGCUUAGCCGGAUGAAUGAAGCCCCUGCUGUGCGUGAUGAGUGGUCCGCAAACCUUGGGCGGCUGGACAGCAUUAAUGAUGCAAACAUGUCAGGGCUAAUUUCCCAGGUUGAACCUGAGCUAGGUCAUCUGAACUAUGAGGAGCAAAUGCUACUUACACAGAUUCGAAGGGAGCAAUUGCAGCAGGAACAAAUGAUGGGUCGUAACAAUCUGGAAUUUCCUGGACAAUUUGCAGGGCAGGUGUUUGAUUCAUUGCACCAACACAGACAGUCCAUCAAUCCACCUGCUCCUGAGGUGGAGCACCUUUUGAGAGUCCAGUUUGAACUUGAGCACCAGCAGCGACGCCAACAGCUGCAGCAGGAGCAACACCGCCAGCAGCUUCAGCAAGAGCAGCACCAGAGGCAGCUUCAGCAAGAGCAACACCAGAGGCAGCUGCAGCAGCGCCAAGCACAGCUACUGCAACAGCAGCAGCAGCAGCAACAGCAGCAGCUGAUUAUUGAGCAAAUGUUGCAGCAACAGUUACAGAGUUCAAAUUUCGGACAAGCUAACAUGGUCGAUCAAGUGUUACUCAGGGAACAGUUAUUGAAUGACUUGCAUCAUCAACCCCAUCAUUUUCAAAGGCAGCAUGAUGCAGCUAUUGAACAACUCAUUCAAGCAAAAUUUGGGCAUGGCCAUCACAGGGAGCAACACAAUGAUAUGUUAGAUGUUCUCUCACGUUCAAACCAGAGGCAGGCUCUUCCUUUGGAGCAGCAAAUUCUUUUAGGGCUGCACCAUGAUCAGCUCCAAACACAACAAUUGGCCAAUGCUAUACGACAACAUGCGGGCAGGGAGGAAGAACGACAUUUAGGUGGGGGCUGGCCGAUGGAUGAUCCUAGCCAAUUUAUCCGCACAGGAACUAGUCCAAAUCAAAGCCACACCUCCAGACUUGGUCAAUUCGAUCUUCUGCAGUCCCUUCAGAGGUCGUCAUCUGUGGAGCACCAUGACCAUCUUGACCGAAGCCUAUCUAUGCAUGAACGAUUGCACAGAGGAGGUCAAGGUAUUCAUUCUCUUGAGCGGUCUGGCUCUUUGCCUGGUGGUGCUCCUUUACCAAAUCCUGAUGUUGUAAAUGCCCUAGCACGUCAUCAUGGCCUCGGUCAGAUGGAAACACAUGGUGAUCUGUAUUCUGCAGGCCAGAUGCCUAUGCAUGCCUCAGGAGGGGUUCAUCCCCAGCAACACAGGCUGCAGGAGCAGCUGUCAGGUUCUCACAUGGGAAGGCUGGAAAGGAACUGGUCAGAUGCCAAUGGGCAAUUGCAAAAUAGCCUGAUGGAAGCUUCACGCAUAAAUCAGAUGCAAAUUGAAGCAGAGAAGCAGAGGAGGAAUGUGGAAAUGAAUCUUCCCAUUGACAACCCACAUGCAUGGGCCUCCCUUAUGAACAAUGAGAGGAACCCAGAAGCUGAAUUGAGUGAUAUGAUUCAUCAAAAACUGGUUCUUCAAGCACAGCAAUCUCGUGGUUUCCCUGAUGUUCCGCCGACGGCAUCAUUUGGACGUAAAGACCCUUCUUCACUUUUUGCACAGCCCGCUGCAGAUAACCCUUUAAGAUCAUCUGUUGACAGGUUGUCUUUUGAUGAUCCACUUGCAGAAAGGUCACACUUCUCAAAAAUGGGGCACUUAGGACAGGAUGGACCAACUAGUCUAGAUAUUUUACCAAACAAUAUUGAGAUGAACCGGAAACUCGGUGUCAGAUCAAGCUCUGCGACAAUGCUUGAUAUGCAAAGGGGAGAAUUCCCAGACGUGAUGGGUGGUAGUGUGUCAACUAAUCAAUUGGUUGGGAAUGCCAAUGAUGUAGCCCGGAGGAAAAGGCAGGGUUCUAGUGCAAACUUGGCAGUGGAGGACACUGAUUUUUCUGAAGCGGUCAGCAACUGGGUUGAUACUGGCAUCUCAAAGGGAAGCUCCCAUUCCCUGCUAAAGCGCACAGCAAACCCGCACACAGCUACCUCUCAGGCUCAGGCAGCGUCAACAGAUCUGUCGUCAACCAUUAGGUCCAAGAAAGCAGGCCAUGCUUCUUCUGCAUCCUCCGAUGAGCAUAAGAUGGAAUCAGGAGUCACGUCAGCAGCCCAUGGCGUGGAAGCUGCUGCUUCAGCCAACAAAGAGGCAGGGACGUUUGGCAUCCCACCAAGCAGCAAUCAGGACGCCUCUGGUCCUUCGUUCAGUGAAAUGCUCAAGAGCACAAAGAAGCCUCCCCUGCAGUAUGACGCCUCAGAAUCCGCUGACGGCGGCCCUGGUGGAAAGGGCACCAAGAAGAAAGCAAAGAAAGGAAAACAGAUCGACCCUUCGCUUCUGGGCUUCAAGGUCCACAGCAACCGCAUCUUGAUGGGCGAGAUCCACCGCCCCGAUGACUAACGCGCUUGGGUCCUGCCAUUUUGUGUACAUGCUCACCUCUGUAGACUCUGCACAUGUUUUUUGAUAACAUUCCUUGCUGUGGAGGCCAUGGCCUGGCCCCCCUUUGUUCUUUCCCAUUAGCCUUAGGAUACUCCAGAUCAGCCAGAAUCUCAAGUUGAAAUUAGGGAGGGCUUUUUUUGGUGUGUUUACCUGCGCCCUCGAGUUUAUACAGGAUACAUGAAAUCUGUACAGGACACCGGAAUCAUGGGCAUGUAUGUCAGUGAUCUCCUUGUACAGUGCAAGGAAGUAUCAUCUUAA